CGGGCAUUUUCCAGGAAAUGAGUGGUCAUGUGACACUUUCUCAGCCAUCUUGUGGAUACGCAAAGAGCGACAACUCGCACCCAAACUCAUCGCUGUCAGUUAAAAGCAGAGACUUUCUAGGAAAAAUGGCAGAAACCCAGACACUUAACUUUGGACCAGAAUGGCUCCGUGCUUUGUCUGGAGGAGGUGGAAGCAGCAGUGUGGCUUCACCACCACUCUCGCCUGCAUUGCCAAAGUAUAAACUUGCAGACUAUCGCUAUGGGAGAGAAGAGAUGCUUGCACUUUAUGUAAAGGAUAACAAGAUUCCUGUAGAUCUACAUGACAAGGAAUUUCUACCUAUUUUACAAGAGGAGCCCCUACCCCCACUGGCCCUAGUCUCAUUUACAGAGGAAGAACAGAGGAAUUUCUCCAUGUCAGUAAACAGUGCAGCAGUGUUGCGCCUGACUGGACGAGGGGGGGGUGUGGUAGCAGGGGCACCUCGAGGUCGAAGUUCUUCCCGUGGGCGCGGUCGAGGAAGGGGGGAAGGAGGGUUUUACCAAAGAAGUUUUGAUGAUGUGGAGGGUGGCUUUGGGCGUGGUGGGAGAGAGAUGCAUCGUUCUCAGAGCUGGGAGGAAAGGGGAGACAGAAGAUUUGAAAAACCAAGUCGGAAAGAUCCAGAUGGAGCUCCAGCCCACUUUCAGCUUAACCACUUACGGGCAAAUUACGAGGAUGGUGGUACAGGCCUGGUGCGAAAGCACGAUUUCACGCGCUCUGAGAGUGAGAAUUGGCGGCUGUCGCGUGAUGAACAGAACGGUGAGGACGAGGAGGGUGGCGGUUGGCGUCUGGCGGGCUCCCGCCGGGAUAACGAGAGAUGGUGCCCACCAAGUCCAGAUGGUCCACGUUUGGCUGGGGGAUGGAGGGAACAGCCAGAUCAGCGGCGACGCUUACCAUUGGACUCCCGUGGGGAGGAGGAGCGUGGUGGGGGGUACAGGCGGCCCCGCUCAGCCAGUGGCAGUAUGGAAGAUGAGAGGGAUGCACUGCCUGAGUGGUGCCUGGAGGAUGCAGAGGAGGAGACAGGCACGUUUGACUCAUCUGGAGCUUUUCUUCCACUUAAGAAGGCUGCUGCAGAGCCAAUUCUUGAGGAGGCAGAGCUAGAGUUUCGUCCGCUAGAGGAGGGUGAGGAGUGCUGCGAGAAAGAUGAGAAUGAAGCAGGGCAUCCUAAAGAACCUGAUAGCAAGUGCCAGACUGCCAGGCAUGAGGACACUAGCAAAUCGGAAGAGGCUUCUCCACCUGCCGCUCCAUUACCACCAGCUCCAGAGCCAGCUGUGUCCCUGCCCUCCAGCCAGUCAGAGAGGGUGGAGGAGCCAGAGAGAGCAGUAGCAGCACCACCACCUGAAAUCAGAGCUGCUGCAGCUCCUUUGCACUCAACUCUGCCUAUCUCCAUACCACACAGCACAAAUACACUCAGCACACUAACAGAUCUUCCAGCCUCCUCCCUCCCUGUGUUGCCCACCCAGCAAAUCACAUCACAUCCCAAGCCAGUGGCAGUGCCAGUGGCAGUACCUGAAGCACUCCCUUUUCCAAAGAGCAUCAUGUCGCCCAUAGGCCAGCUUGCACCCAUGGUCACAGAUGCAGAUGAGGAUGAGGGCCUCAAACACUUUGAGCAGGAAGCAGAGAAAAUGGUGGCAUAUCUAAAUGAUGGUGGUGUAGAUGAUGAGCGUUUGGGGGCUAAGAGUGCUGAGCGGCCCAAAGUUGGCUGCCUGCCACCAUCCCAUGAAGCUGCUCUCAAGUGGUACUACAAGGAUCCUCAGGGAGAGAUUCAAGGUCCAUUCAGUAAUCAUGAGAUGUCGGAGUGGUUCCAGGCUGGGUAUUUCACAAUGACUCUGCUGGUGAAAAGGGGCUGUGAUGAAGGUUUCCAUCCCCUGGGUGAAAUCUUUAAGAUGUGGGGGAGAGUGCCUUUCGCUCCUGGCCCUCCACUACCUCCUAUACUGGGAGAUGCUGAUCAGGAGAGGAUAAAAAGACAGCAAGAGCUAAAUGCUCUAAGCAUCUAUCAGCUUCAGCAACUGCAGUACCAGUACAUAAUCAGGCAGCAGCAGUAUGCUCAAGCUCUAGCUCAGCAAAAAGCUGUGCUCACUUCAGCUGCUCCUCCAACACAACAGCAACAGCAACUUAACCUGUUUCUGCAACAAGCCCUCAAACUUAGAUCUCCCGAACAGCAGCAGAGCCUUUUGCCACCAGUGACGCGUUCCAUGUCCGUUCCAGAUUCAGGGUCUAUUUGGGAUAUACAGAACCCAUCUACCCAAGCAUCCUGCACACCAAAUAUUCAGCCAGCAGCUCCAAGCACAUGGGAAGGCACAAGUGUGUGGGAUCUGCCUAUAGACACUGUACCUCAACCAUCUAUUGAACAGAUACAACUGGAGAAGGCUAAAGCUGCUAAGCUGGAGAUGGAACUUCGUGUCAAACGAGAAGAGGAGGAACGGAAGCGUCUGGAGGAGGUGCUGCGGGCGCAGCAGGAGGAAGAGCGCAAACGUCUGGAGGAAGAGGAGCUGGCUCAACGGAAGCAGGAGGAGGCACUAAGGAGGCAACGGGAGCAGGAGGAGUCACAGCGGCGCCAAAAGGAGGAAGAGGACCGUCUGGCUCGGGAGGAGGAACUCCGCAGGCUAGAGGAGAAGCGGAGAGAAGAGGAAGAGAGGAGGCAAAGGGAAGAAUUCCUCCGAAAACAGGAAGAAGAGAGGAGGAAACAGGAGGAACUGGAGGCUCAGAGGAGGCGAGAGGAAGAGGCAGCAGCAUUGGCUCGUCAACAGCAAGAAGAGCAGAAGAGGAGGGAACAGGAGCUUCAGAGGCAACAGGAGCUUCAGAGGCAGCAGGAACUCCAAAGGCAGAAGGAGCUUUUAAGGCAGCAGGAAUUGCAGAGGCAGCAAGAGGCUCAGAGGCAACAAGAGGCUCAGAGGCAACAAGAGGCUCAGAGGCAGCAGGAGCUGCAGAGACAGAGACAGCAGCAGCAAGAGGCCCUUCGCCGACUCCAGCAACAACAGCAGCAGCAACAGCUGGCCCAGAUGAAGCUUCCCUCUUCUUCAAAGUGGGGACAGCAGUCUGCCUCAGCAUCUUCCCUCACCCCGACACAGAACACACUAUCGCUCUGUGAGAUCCAGAAACUAGAAGAGGAGAGGGAACGACUAGCUAGAGAGGAGCAGCGACGCCAACAGCAGGAGCUCCAGAGACAGCAACAGCAGCAACAACAGCAACCUCAGACCAAGCUUUCAGGCUGGGGCAGCGUGGCCAAGCAGCCUGCAGCCACUAAAUCCCUUUUGGAGAUUCAACAGGAGGAAGCUCAGCAGAUGAAGCAGAGGAAAGAGCAGCAGCAGGCUACAGUUAUGCAGCAAAACCGCACACAGAACCGAGCUGCUUUGACCUCUUCAGUGUGGGGUUCAGUGAGUAAUACCACCAGUCACUGGGGCUCAGACACCAGCAGCAUCUGGGGUGACACCCAGAACUCCAACUUAGGCUUCUGGGAUGAUGCUGUGAAGGAAACCACUCCACCUCCAACCACACGAAAGAACAACCCACAGAAAAACAAGGGAAACAUUAACCUCAGUAACAGUAACAGUGGGAAAUCCAGUAAGAAAGUAGAGGAGGAGGAGAAACUGUUAAAGCUCUUUCAGGGAGCCAAUAAAACUCAGGAUGGCUUUAUGCAGUGGUGUGAGCAGAUGCUACACACUCUUAAUACUGCCAACAACCUUCACGUCCCGACAUUUGCGUCGUUCUUGAAGGAGGUGGACUCUCCGUAUGAGGUGCAUGAUUAUGUACGAGCAUAUCUGGGUGAUACACCCCAAGCCAAGGACUUUGCCAAGCAGUUCCUUGAGCGCCGUGCCAAACAGAACGGCAACCAGCAAAAAUCCUUGCAGAGUCAGCAGCCGAAAAAUCAGCAGGACUCUGUGUGGGGGGUAAAUCAAGUUGUUUCUCAGCCAGUUUUCCAGUCUAACCACUCCACAAAGCAACAGCAACCACGCUUUGAGACAGUCACCUCUGGAAAGAAGAAAAAGAAGCAGAAAAUGGUGCGGGCAGAUCCAAGUCUAUUAGGCUUUUCAGUCAACGCAUCAUCUGAGCGAUUAAACAUGGGCGAGAUUGAGACUGUGGAGGACUUUUGAGACCUGCUGACAAACUCCCUAUCCCUACUGACUAUGUCCAUUCACAACAGCUGCCAUUUUACCCUAUACUUUUUUUUUUUUUUUUUUUUUU